AUGGCUAAAAACCUGAGGAAAGCCAUGAACAUGUUACUGGAAGAAAAGAAACAUUCGCUGGAUCGUCCCUUCAGUGAAAAUAGCGAAAGUAAAUUCCGAGCAGAAAUAUUUUACAAAAGUACCCCGCUGUGGGAUCGAGUCACGGUUAACGGCGAGUCAAUUCAACAUUGUAGGAAUUUGAGUCGAGUUAUAGGGUUUCUUCAAAUACCUUAUCCCGUGCUAAGAAAACGUGAGGCGAAGGCUUAUCCCGUGCUAAAAAAACGUGAGGCGAAGGCUUAUCCCGUGCUAAGAAAACGUGAGGCGAAGGCUUAUCCCGUGCUAAGAAAACGUGAGGCGAAGGCUUAUCCCGUGCUAAGAAAACGUAAGGCGAAGGCUUAUCCCGUGCUAAGAAAACGUGAGACGAAGGCUUAUCCCGUGCUAAGAAAACGUGAGGCGAAGGCUUAUCCCGUGCUAAGAAAACGUGAGGCGAAGGCUUAUCCCGUGCUAAGAAAACGUGAGGCGAAGGCUUAUCCCGUGCUAAGAAAACGUGAGAUUAUCGUUGAUGAAUUUUCCCAGGCUGUUGGUAAUGAAACCAUCAUGGUAUCUCAGUGA